UCUCUCUCUCUCUCUCUCUCUCUCUCUCUCCAUAAACACUGCAGUUGUCAACGCUUGUCAGAAUGAGGUUCUUGGCCUUCAGCCUCGUCUGCCUGAUGUGCUGUGAUGCCGUUCAGUUUUAUAGACGUCGUCCCAGACCCAUGACAGCCAGAAGGCAAAAUGUCACUGCUGUCCAACCCAAACUAGUGGAGAACCCUUGCAAAGCCGUCCCGCUGGAUUUUUUCUUCGUCAUCGACAGCUCCAGAAGCAUCCGUCCCCAUGACUACGAGAAGGUCAAGACCUUCAUCGUCAACCUGGUUCAGUUCCUCAAAAUUGGCCCUGAUGCCACCAGGGUGGGUCUGCUCCAGUAUGGCAGCGUGGUCCAGCCUGAGUUCUCCCUCAAGACCUACACCACUAAGGCUGAAGUGGAGCAGGCGGUGAGGAACAUGAAGCACCUUGCCACAGGGACCAUGACCGGUCUGGCCAUCCAGUACACAAUGGAAACUGCCUUCACAGAGGAGGAAGGCGCACGACCAGCGGACCUGCACAUCCCACGAAUCGCCAUGAUUGUGACCGACGGGAGGCCUCAGGACACGGUGGAGGAGAUUGCGGCUCAGGCGAGGCAGGCUGGUAUCCAGAUCUUUGCCAUCGGUGUGGGCCGGGUGGACAUGAACACCCUGAGAGCCAUUGGGAGUGAACCUCACUCUGAACAUGUGCACCUGGUGGCCAACUUCAGCCAGAUAGAAACCCUCACAUCUGUGUUCCAGUCCAAACUGUGUGGAGGUUCAGAGAUGUGUGAGGUUGUGGACCAUCAGUGCCAACAUAUCUGCGUGAGUAGCCCUGCGUCGUACAGGUGCCAGUGCAGGAAAGGUUUCAUCCUCAACCCUGAUGGAAAGACAUGUAAAGAGACUGAUCACUGUGCUGAUGGCACACAUGGCUGUGAGCAAGAGUUUAUGAACACUGAAGACUCCUGUGUGUGUAAAUGCAAAGAGGGUUUUACACUCAGACCUGAUGGGAAAACAUGCAAGAAGAUAGAUCACUGUGCUGAUGGCACACAUGGCUGUGAGCAGGAGUUUAUGAACACUGAAGACUCCUGUGUGUGUAAAUGCAGAGAGGGUUUCACACUCAGACCUGAUGGAAAAACAUGCAAGAAAAUAGAUCACUGUGCUGAUGGCACACAUGGCUGUGAGCAGGAGUUUAUGAACACUGAGGACUCCUGUGUGUGUAAAUGCAGAGAGGGUUUCACACUCAGACCUGAUGGGAAAACAUGCAAGAAGAUCGAUCACUGUGCUGAUGGCACACAUGGCUGUGAGCAGGAGUUUAUGAACACUGAGGACUCCUGCGUGUGUAAAUGCAGAGAGGGUUUCACACUCAGACCUGAUGGAAAAACGUGCAAGAAAAUAGAUCAAUGUGCUGAUGGCACACAUGGCUGUGAGCAGGAGUUUAUGACCACUGAAGACUCCUGUGUGUGUAAAUGCAGAGAGGGUUUCACACUCAGACCUGAUGGCAAAACAUGCAAAAAGAUAGACCACUGUGCUGAUGGCACACAUGGCUGUGAGCAGGAGUUUAUGAACACGGAGGACUCCUGCAUGUGUAAAUGCAGAGAGGGUUUCACACUCAGACCUGAUGGGAAAACAUGCGAGAAGACUGAUCACUGUGCUGAUGGCACACAUGGCUGUGAGCAGGAGUUUAUGAACACUGAAGACUCCUGCGUGUGUAAAUGCAGAGAGGGUUUCACACUCAGACCUGAUGGGAAAACAUGCAAGAAGAUCGAUCACUGUGCUGAUGGCACACAUGGCUGUGAGCAGGAGUUUAUGACCACUGAAGACUCCUGUGUGUGUAAAUGCAGAGAGGGUUUCACACUCAGACCUGAUGGGAAAACAUGCAAGAAAAUAGAUCACUGUGCUGAUGGCACACAUGGCUGUGAGCAGGAGUUUAUGAACACUGAGGACUCCUGUGUGUGUAAAUGCAGAGAGGGUUUCACACUCAGACCUGAUGGAAAAACAUGCAAGAGUUUGGACCUGUGUCACACACUUGAGCACGGCUGUGAGCAUCAGUGCAUCAACACCAACAUCUCUUACAUCUGCAGAUGUUUUGAGGGAUUCAUGUUGGCUGAAGACGGGAAGAGCUGCAAAAAACCAGAGUGUGGCGAUGGAGUGAUGGAUUUGGUGUUUGUGAUUGACGGCUCCAAGAGUCUGGGCCCAGCCAACUUUGAGCUGGUCAAGCAGUUUGUUAACGGCAUUGUGGACUCACUGGACAUCUCCGCCGCAGGCACACAUGUCGGCCUCCUUCAGUACUCCACCAAAGUCCGCACAGAGUUCACCCUGGGCCAGUACAUCACGGCACAGCGUGUUAAACAGGCCGUGGCACGGGUACAGUACAUGGGCAGAGGUUCUAUGACGGGCUCAGCCUUGCGUCACAUGUUUGAGUCAAGCUUUUCAUUCAAAGAAGGCGCCCGAGCCAGUGUCUCACGUGUCUGCAUCGUGUUCACUGAUGGAAGAUCUCAGGAUGAUGUCACAGAGUGGGCUUCCAAAGCAAAGAACUCUGGUAUCACCAUUUAUGCCUUGGGUAUUGGCAAAGCCAUAGAGCAGGAGCUGAGAGAAAUCGCCUCGGAGCCUGAUGAAAAGCAUCUUUAUUAUGCUGAGGAUUUUGAGAAAAUGGGAGAAAUUACAAAGAGGCUCAAGAUGAGGAUAUGUAAAGAAAAACCUGAAGGAAACAUGUGCCAGUGUGAGAACUUGAUGCGUUUUCAAGAGCAGGUCACCGACAAACUGAAGAACCUGAUGCUGAAUAUUGAAGCCAUAUCCGAGAAGAUGGAGCUACUCGAGAAUCAACUUGUACAUAAAUAAACUUCUGAGAUGUGUCCAUUUAUCUCUCCUCUGACCAGCAACGAAGCAUUCUCAGAUCCUGCACAGCAAGCUGCACCCAUGCAAUGUUGUCUAUACGGAUGCUAUUUAUACUCUUUUGUAUACAACACAAUGUAUUCAAUGUAUUUUGUCUGACAUGGUCUUUGUUAUGUAAUGUUAAGUCACCUAAGUAACUCUUUAAACUGGAAAAUGACAAACACUCAUUUUAAUAGGUUUUUAUUGAGGAUUAAGUUUGGGACUUAUUCUCUUUUGUUACUUAUUGUCAUAAUAAAAAAAAGUUCCAAACAA